UAUUAUUGAUUUAUUGAAAAGGCGCAGCUCAGGACCAAAAAAAUAUUUAAAUUUAGCUCUUCUUGGCUUUGUGCAGACACUUGUGAUUGAAAAAGACAAAAUCGGUACAGAUAACAUGACUAAUCUGGAAAAGCAACACGAAAUGGUGAAGCGCAGCCUGGUGAAGUUUCUGGACGAAAAUAUUAGUGGUGCCGAUUUUAGCGUUGUGGACGAGAUUGUGCUUUCCUAUAUAAUAUCCAUAUUGGAAGAGGCUUCUCAGGAUCCUUGUUUCGAUGUGGAGGGCUUUGUUGAAAUGAUGAGCGCCUACUUUGAGGAGUUUUCCACGAUUGACCACGGUGUUAUUUGCGAAUGGAUUUAUAAGCUAGCCGGCGAAUUGACCGAAAUGGAAAAGAAUCAGGGCAACCGAAAUGCCGUCAAUUUGUCACUUGAUUCUUUGAGUCUGUCCAGCAUCAUACCCGAGUCGAAAUUACGUGCCCGUAACUCUUCCAUUUCCGAGAAGGACGAGUUGUCAUCGAAUAGCAGCAGCAGUGGUGGGAGUGGCAGCGGAAAACGCUCCCAACAUUUGUCCGAAACUAGUGACGGCGGAUCCACCGAUAGCUCCAGUUCUAAUUGUGAUUACUUUCUGGAUGAGGCUGAGGUAUUGCAGGAAAUGUUUCCAGAUACCGCUUACGUUGAGAUUAAGCAUUGUAUUGCUAUUGCCAAAGGUGAUAUUGAUGGCGCCACUCAAAUAUUACUACAUCGCCAAGAUACCAAUCAGAGUCUGACUGACAAGUCGCAUACUUUGGUCAUUAAGAAGAAUGUGGCGGUCGAUGAUAAUGAGCUUAAGAAUCGCAUCAUUGCCAGGUACUCGUACGUGGAUAAGAAUGCAACUCAACGUGAAUACAAGCCGGUAGUGCCCAAAAUGGAGCCACGGAAGUUGGUUCGUUAUCGUGAUAAUAAAAUUGUCUCAUUGAAGGGCGAACGCUAUACUGAGAUUAAGCGUGACGAAGAUGCUGAGUUAAAAAAACCCAAGAAGCAGAUUCUACCGUAACUAAAGAUGAACAAAACCCACUAUAAGUAUUUUAUCAAGAAGCAAAUUAACCACCCACACCCAACUAAUCUAUCCGCACCAAUGACACCGAGAGUAGUUAACCGAAGUCACCAGAGCGACGAUGAGGACGAUGCUCACAGUUUAUGCACUCAAUUGCAUAUGUAUGUGACCAGAAAGAGUUCCCCCAACAAUAUCAAUGCCAAUGCAAAUGCCAGUCCCAGACCCAUAGCCCAGGACCAUGCCCAGCUUAGCCAACUUUUAGAUGCUUCCUUGCCACAUGUAGCACAACAAAUAGAUGAUAAAGAUGAGAAAGGAUUUGACGUUAAUGCCGAACAAUCGAAGAGCAGUGCAGUCAACCAAAAUGUUGACAUUGAUGCGGCAUCCCAAUCGCAAAAGUUUGUGUUACCACUUGGCACUUUGCUGUUGCUGUUGUUAGUUACCUUUGGCCAAUUGACAUCACAUUAUCAUCAUCAUCAUCAUCAUGAUUCACAUCAAGUUGUAGACAAUGACAGAAAGACUUUACAUACCAAAUUAGUUAAUAGUUAUGUUUUAGGAUUUGAUUUUGAAUUAUUUAAGAGCCCACUAUGGGUGGCAGGCAGCUUAUGAGUUUCAGUGUUCCCCAGCUGACCAGAUGACAAUGGCCCAACGUUAGACUCAUGGGACAGGACUCAUCUGUCAUGACGACACGCCUGCAGGGUCGCAGACGCUAUGUGAUGUGAAGGUCAAAAUUAGUUCCUUAUUACGAAAAGGUCACUCAAAACAACCCUCGAAUCUCCUAACUGGGUCCCUCGAUCAGUAUUCCUUUUUAUCUUCUCCCAACCCCUCAAAACCCUUCAUAUUAUAGGCAAAUGCGAUCCGUUUGUCACGAAUUUUGGAGCUCAAAUAGACUUAUUUUAGGUAUUUUUGUUUAGUAACUCUUAUUAAAAAGAGUUUAGUUGAUCGUGCCGCGUUUUAAAAACGUUUUAGCACAAACAAAAUGUAUGAAAUUGAAUUGAACAUUUGCCAUAUCUGUUUAGGAUCUGCGUUGUUUAAGUUUUGUUUCAAUUAAAUUGGUCCAAGUAAACUAGCAACAGUAGCUACAAUGCCAAAAGAUGCAACACAAACUAGUCCUCCCACUGAGAUGAUGAAUCCUAUAACCAAGACAAACAAACAAUGAAGAAAAAUAAUGAAAAGAUAUAGUGGCUACUGCUCGACGAUACAAAACCACAGCAAUAUUUAAAUAUUCUAAACAUAUUCAAUACAUAUACGAAACUAAUCGAUUAAUCAAAUAUUUAUAUAGCCUAGACUUUAGCAUCUUCACACACAGACACACUCUAACCCUAACAUUGUUUGUUCAAUCCCUCCCAUUGCGACAAUUGAAAGGAAAUUCUCUUGCUAAUGCAAUUAAUGUUUAGAAUUUAAGAUUCCAACACAUUUAUGUUUUUUGUUUGAUACAAAAGAUAUCAAUUCCAAUUUUUCAUUCAUCUUUUUAAUUUAGCCUUAAGUUUAAUGUUACAACAUAUUAUCUCCAAGCCCCUUUGAAUUCAAAUUAACAAUAUGCAUUUUGAAACUGAUUUAAAUUAAGCCCAUUUACACAAUCGGUAUUAAGCAUAUAAAUAUUGUUUUAUUUUUAUUGGUUACGGUCUUGAUAUUAACAAUUUCUCAUAUGGAA